AUGAAUGAGUGUAUGUUGAGUUUCAGAGCACCGCAGGUGUCCAAGAAGUUGAACUUCACUUUACAGUCAUACAAUCACACAGAACUACUGGACACCAAGACUUUCCAGCUUGUCCCUUUCCUGACUUCCUCUCUGAGUGCGAAGGUGUCAUCCACGACUGCUGUGUUUGACUGGACAUCAGAUGAUGGAAGUACUUUGCAUGUUUGUUUGGAUGAACAGUGUUGGGUUCUGUCCCGGUUUCAGCCGCUCCACCAGGGCGAUCUUUAUGAUGCAGGUCAGUGUCCAGCCGGUUGGCUUGCUGUGGAGUGGAGCUGUUACAAAGUGAGUUUAGGAUUCCUGUCAUGGGAUGCUGCCCAGCGAGCGUGUGAAAGAUCAGCCAUGGCGGCACACCUGGCCAACAUAAAGACAGAUGCUGAGUUUCGAUCCAUAACGGCAUCCUUACUGGAGCGCUUCAGUCAUCUUCUUCUGUUGUGGACAGCUUUAAAUGACCAAGAGCUGGAGGGUGAUCGGCGCUGGUCGGAUGGCUCCGCCUACAACUUAACUAUCGAUGUUACGUCAUCACUUGCAGCCAAUCAGGCUGGUUGUUUUGCGAUGCAGAAGAACGCCACGGGACCAGGAUAUUUCUUCACUGCUUUCCCAUGUUACUUGCAGCUCCCCCGCAUAUGUCAGGUUGAUCUACUGCAGAGCCGUGGUUAUCAGCUGUAUCUGGAGAGUGUGUGCGAGACAGAAGCGGUGUUUGUCUGGUCUGACACAUCUCAGCUUCUGGAACAAACAGUUGGUUCUUCGCUCAUUCUGCGCUCAGUGGAGUUAAUGGACCAAACUGUGUCACAGAUACCGCUCGGAAACACUCGAGACAGAUUGAGAGUUGAAGGUCUGUUUCCGGGACACGUCUAUCAAUUCUCUUUGAGUCUAACACACCCUAGUGGGGCGUCUCAGACCCUUGGACCCAUUCUCAUCGCCAAAACAAAACCAAAUCCUCCCCAGAAUCUCACCGUGACAGCUGUAACGUCCAAUCAGAUUUCAGUGUCCUGGGCUGCCCCUGAUUCUACCCAGAAUGCUCUGUUUGACAAAUAUAUUCUGACCUGGGUGGAUGCAGCCUCCGGCAGAUGCCAUUCUGUUCAGCUGGACAAGAUGAAUCUGAGCGCUGUGAUUGGUGGGUUGAAGUCAGAUCAGACGUAUAGGAUCACAGUCAUGUCGGUCACAGGUGAAGGUGUGCAGAGCUCAGAGAAAGCAUCAUUGACUGUAAUCACAGCGGUUAGUCCUCCACGCAAGGUCUCGGUUGAAGCCGUAGGCCGGGAGAACAUGACCGUGUGCUGGUGGCCUUCGUUGGACGAGAAGGUGAAAGUGUAUUACAUCCAGCUCCACCCAUGGAAAAAACAGGACCAAACCAGAGAGUUAUGGGUAAAUGGCUCAUCCUGUAUCACUCUUACCGUGCUCAAACCUGGUGAGACGUAUGAGGUGGGCGUGGCUGCAGCGAAGGGCGGGAACAUGAGCGCGGAGAUAACCGUACAACAGACACUAAAACCUGGCAGCGUCCAGAUAGCUGUCCCGUUAGAGGUCGGCACACACUCUAUGGAGCUAUUUGUGCAGAUGCCCAGGAACAGCGCUUAUGAUGGCAUCACUAUUACUUACGGAAACAGUUUUCUUUGGAGGCCAGUGUCUGAAGACAGCAUCAAAGUGUUAGUGGAAUACCUAAAUCCAGGGAUGCAGUAUGACUUUCAUGUGUUUGUGACCAGCAGAGAAGCAAGGAGCGAAGAUUUUACUCUGACACCUGUCAGAACAUGUUUGGCUCCUCCCACUCGCGUGCGUGCUGGCGUUGUGACUGACAGCUCCAUAGAGCUGCUGUGGGACAGAGCUGAAGGUGACGCCCACCACUAUGAGGCGCUAUGUGCCAACUGCGCAGAGACUGUCAUGGUGCAGAAGGUUGUGGAACCCAGAGCAGUAUUUAAAGAUAUAAUCUCAGGAAACCUCUGCAACUGUUCGAUCCGUACAGAGAAGGAGUUUUUCAGAGACAGUCCAGCCGUGACGAUUGCCAUCAGAUCUGCUCCCAGUUCAGUGAUGUUGCUCCCGGUGCAGAGGUCAUCGACGUCUCUGACCGUUUGCUGGAGGACCGACCGGGGGGUCUGUGACUCAUUCAUCAUGUCAAUCAGAAACUCGACCUUUGUCCUGCUCGCCAAUCUGAGCGAGUCUGAUGAAAGAAUGUAUCACAUUGACAAUCUGUUACCUGGAAGUGUGUAUGUGAUUGAAGUGACUAGCGUUAGUGGAGACAGACAAAGUUUCCCUGCAAAUGCAACUGUUAACACAUUUCCAGAACCCCCAGGUGACAUCACUUUCAUCGAACAGGAAGUGAACAGCAUGUAUGUCAUGUGGCCACACCCACCAGGCGGAGUGGAUGGGUACAGGCUUCAGUAUGGCCUUGCAGGUGAACAUCUCCAGCCGCCGGCAGAUAUCCAUGGCAACAGUUUCAGGAUUUUUGACUUGACCCCAGGAAGGGAUUACAGGUUUGAGAUCCAGUCCUUCCUGGGGUCAGAUUUCAGCCAGACUACAUCCAAAAACUUCUCCACUCGUCCAGCAGGUGUAUGCUUGCUGUUGCGGUCUCAAGCUAACGUCACGUCUGCCACAGUGACAUGGGAAGAAGCUCAUGGCCAUUUUGACUUUUAUAGAGUGACGGUCAGUAACAGCUCUCACAACUGGACGUUUGACCUGAGUCCACACGUGCAGGAGGUCACCGUCAGCGACCUGCGGGGCGGCUGUUCCUACAACACAACUGUACAACGCUUCAGAAACCAAAUGAGUGGCACUGCGGCCACAAUCACCCUACAUACAGUUCCUGCCAGUCCUGAGGGUUUGCGUGUGCUAAGCGUGUCGCCUCGUGAUUUCUCCCUCCGCUGGUUGGCAUCAUCAGGAUGUGAUAAAAACUACCUGGUUCAACUGUUUCCUGACCAUGGCAGAAUUAACAUCACAACCACAACAGACAACUACAUCCAGGCUCAGGUCUCUAGUGUUACACCAGGAACAUCAUACACAGUCACGGUGGGCGCGGUGGCCUCAUCAGGGCUCAGCUCUCCUGUCAGCCGAAUUCUCGUCACCGCUAAUGAGUCCUUACCAGCAGCCCCCUCUAAACCGGAGGGGGAACGGGUGGGUUCCACUGGAAUCCUUCUUUCCUGGCGGAUGCGUAUGCCCCUCGACCCCAGCAUUCAUUCAUUCAUCAUCAGAUACAAAGAGAUGUGUCCAUAUCCUGACUCCGCCUUCACUGAGAUCACCAAGAACCUGGACAUUCCCGAAACCCUGUUAAACACACUCACCCCUGGAGCUACAUACAACAUUAAGGUUGCAGCGGUAAAUAAAGCAGGAAUUGGACCUUUCAGACCGUCUCUGUACUACAAAACUGCAGAGGCCCCUCCUGGUCUGGUGUCCAACCUCUCAGCGGAGCCUGAGGGUCACAUGUCGGCUUUGCUGACCUGGUAUCUCCCCGUACGCAUUAACGGCCUCAUCACUAAGUUCGCUGUGAAAGUCAAACAUGCCCGGACGGGCCAGAUCGCCCGCACCCUGGAGCUCAACGCAGAGGACAUCAUGAACGAAGCACUGCCUCACUGCAAUGAUGCGGCAGACAUCCUAUCUCGUGGAACACCUAGUCCGGCCGAGCUGACCUCUGCUGUGUUGCCAUCGGUUACGCUCUCAGCUGUUCCACCCGCCUCCGUCUGGGCUGUCCCAAUCAGUGUCAGCAUCGAUGAGCUCCGCCCCUACACGCCUUACGUGUUUGAAGUCUCCGCCUUCACCAGUGGAGGGGAGGGACAGAUCGCCAGUACUAUGGUCCGCAUGCCCGAGGCCGCUCCUGAAGAUCCUCCACAAAACAUAAUGGUGAGAAACAUCACCUCCAAAUCUCUGUCUCUAACUUGGGAACCCCCGAAGAUCAUCACUGGACGUUUCAGUUACGUCAUCCAACUCAACAGCUCGGCAGGGUUUAUAAGUGAGAACAGCACGUUCGAUCUGAUGUUUACUUACACCGGACUGACUCCUUACACACUGUACUACAUCCAUGUCAUGGCCAAAUCAGCCGGAGCCACAGGACCAGAAGCUGUGAUCAACAUUACUACGCUAGCAGAAGCCCCGAGCGCUGUGUCUAAUCUGACUGUGGAGGCCAUCGACUCGACAUCUGUGCGUCUGUCAUGGAGAGCUCCGAGCCAACCAAACGGACUCAUCACACACUACAGGAUCCUAGUACGGCACUACAGUACACUUGUACAGGACAUCACCCUGCGAAGAUGGAUGGACUCUCCACCGAUACGUCGCAAUGCAAGAUCGCUUGACAUCACCACGCCUAACAUCUUCACUUUGACUCCACAUGGAACCUCUCCUACUUCGGGCGUUCAUUUAACCAGUACUGACCAAACAAACACUGAACUGACCUCUGACCUUCCUUUGACACCGAGCACCCCCCACACUCCCCCUCCUUGGCUUACGGUGACUCACGACAGAAUAGAUGCGUCUGCUGAGACUGAGACAGAGGCCGUAACCAUGGACCUUCCGACUGAACUGUCACCUUUUAUCUUUAGCACUGACCAGCCGCCAUUGGUUAACUUAAGCCCCUACCAGCCUCGCCGCUUCACUAGGGCAGUGGCAACAGGCUUCACCGAGCAGCAGACAAACUUCCCAACACGAGUUGCAACAACCAUCGGAAUAGAGGUCCUGCCAGCCACUGAGGAGACUGUAGAGUUCUCAUUUGAUCAGAUGGUGUAUGUGAUCAGAAGACUAAGUCCUUUCACGGAGUACAAAUUUAGCGUGACGGCAAACAACAUCAUUGGAGAAGGACCUUCAACCCAAGUUACGGUGAAAACAGCUGAACAGGUGCCCAGCUCAGUUCAGGACGUGUCCUAUCAGAACAUUAGCUCCACCUCUGUUCGGGUCAGCUGGGAUCCGCCGCUCAACCCGAACGGCAAGAUAACCUAUUACACCGUGUAUGCGCAGAAUCUCCAUACCAACCAGGAGUUACGGGAGGUGACGAGCACCACCAGUGCAGUGCUCACAGGUUUGGAGAAGUACAGCAGUUAUAAGUUGCGUGUGGCGGCAUCCACAGCUGUGGGUGAAAGCCCUCAGGGCGAAGAUGACUACAUCUUUGUUGUGACACUGGAGGAUGAGCCCGAUUCGCCCCCGCGUGAUCUGACCGUAGUGAGAACCACAUCCUCCAACGUCACUCUCAGCUGGUCACCGCCGGAGAAACCCAACGGCAUCAUCCGACAGUACGAGGUCACGUACAGCAACGGAACGUACAGCGACACGGUCAACAGCACGUCAGCCGGCGUCACGCUACGAUAUCUGAAGCCAUACACGUACUACAAUGUGACGGUCCUUGCGUAUACACAACACGGCCACGGAGAGCAGAUAUCUGAUACUCUUCAGAUGCUUUCAGGAGAGGACGUGCCUGGCAGUCCACCUUCCGAUCUGAUCUAUGAGAGCAUCGGAUCCAGCGAGGUAAACGUCUCAUGGUCUCCGCCGCUCCUCGCAAACGGCAUCAUUCUGUUCUACAAUGUGGAUUACUGGAACGCCACACACGCUCUGAACAAAACCACACCCGUGCCCUUCGCUGUCCUGUCCCACCUGAGGAAGUACACGCGUUACCGGGUCAGCGUACAGGCCGCCACACGGGUCGGGAUGGGCAACCACAGCAGUGAGAUUCUGAACAUCACGACACUGGAAGACAUACCCGGUUCACCUCCAAAAUUCCUAGUCGCCAGGAAAUUGUCAGAUACAGAAGUGGAGUUGUCCUGGAAAGCUCCGGACGAGGCCAACUCUGAGAUCUUGUAUUAUGUAGUAAGAGUUUGGAAUCUGAGCUCUGAGUUCGUGGCGAAUGUGACUGAAACAUCAGUGGUGGUCAGUGUUGAUGGGCCGGGUCAGUAUAACGCCUCGGUCAGCAGCUGGACUCGACUAGCUCCAUCGGACCCUCCACAGAAUGUGUCAUUUGUGCUCCUCACGACCUCUACAGUGCGUCUCAGUUGGUCUCCUCCGACCCAACCCAACGGCAUCAUCCAGCUCUACACCGUCUACUACACAGACAAUAACACGCUCUUUACACAGAGGGUCCCGGGUUCAGAUCACGGCUGUGUGCUGUCUGAUCUCAUAGCAGGACAGACGUACAGUGUGUGGAUGAGUUCCAGCACUUCUGCUGGUGAUGGGGAAGUGUACAGCCCCCCUCUCAACUUCACUACACUAGAGGAGGGUCAGUGGCCUCAUACGCUCGGGGCGGAAUCACACCUCUGCAUCACUUUUCCAACCGAUUACUCUCAAAAAAUCACACCGAAACACACAGCACAGAUUCAGCACAUCCUGUUGUGUUGGACACACAAACGCAUUGUGUCACAGUUUCUUACACUUCAGUUUGGGGAAGGAAAGAUCCUUCUGCACUUCCCUUUUCUAAAGUGUAACUGUUGGCCACUCGUCAAAUAUAUUCAUGCUCUAUCUCUUUCGCCUGCUGCAGUACCGAGCGGUCCGGUCCACAACCUCACAGCUAAAGUCUACAGCUCCACGGCCGUGGUGAUCAGUUGGGAUCCUCCUCUGGAGCCCAACGGUAAAGUGUUCUACCUGCUCAGUUUGGAAGAGGCGGGCACGACCCAUCCCUCCAUCAACCGGACGCUCAACGCCACCCUCUCCACCUCGACCACGGAAAACAUCUACCUGUUCACCAAGCUCAGGAAGUACUUUCCAUACGUCAUCAAAGUUACCCCGGCGACCGGCGCGGGGGCAGCCGUAAAUCACACCACGAUGCUUCACCUGCGAACCAAUGAAGAUGUUCCAGGUUCUCCUCCAUUCCCAGGAGCUAGCAGAAAUCUCUCUUGGGCUUCCAUCUAUGUGACGUGGUUUCCUCCAGCGGAGCCCAACGGAGAGAUCAUAGAUUAUGCCAUCGCGCUACAGGGGUCUGGAGCCGUCCACAGAAACUUCACCCCUGAAACUCAUGUAACGCUGACAGAUCUCACUCCAUUCACACCUUACAAUCUCUCAGUCGCCGCGGUGACCCGGCAGGGCGUCGGGCCUGCCGUGAUCAUACCCCUGCAUACUGAUGAAGCAGGACCGAUGUCACCGCCACGCAAUCUGAGUAUAUUCAACCACACUUCAGACUCCGUUUGGCUUCAGUGGGAACCCAGUCUGGAACCCAACGGAAUCGUGCAGCAUUACGGCUUCAGAAUACUGGAACUGAACACGUACACCAUCAGACAUCAGAACUCAUCAGAUGCAUCCACACACGCAGAACUGAGAGGCUUCAGACCUCAUAACUCGUACGAGAUCAGCGUCAGCACACAAACCAGAGCUGGAAACGGAGAGCAGUACAGCUUACCUGUCAUAUUCACCACCAAUGAGUCAGUGUCGGAUGCAGUUGGGAAUCUGACGUGCUCCGGUUUGGAUUGGAAUUCGGUGUAUAUGGAAUGGGAGCCUCCGGUUCAUCCAAACGGAGAGAUUCUGCAUUACCUCAUCCGCUCUGGAGAUCGGGAGGAGGAGGCUCAUCCCCUCACGCUCACAUACACAGUGGUCCACACCUUCAACGGUCUGUCACCUGAUGCCUUCUACAUCAUCAGCGUGGCGGCGGUUAAUUCAGCCGGAGCGGGAGAGGAGGCAAACUGCACGGCACACACUCCAUCGGAGUCAGUUCCUGGUCCCCCCCAGUCCCCGACAGUAACGGAGGUCUCCUCUGACAGCGCGUCUCUAAUCUGGCAGCGUCCGGCCCGCGUGCCCGGUCUGUUACAGGGUUACAGCGUUGAGAUUCAGAGCUUGGCUAGAAACUGUGAGAUGAAGGAAGAUACGGAGUCGUGUGUGCAGAGUGAGGUCAUGGAGUGGGUGGACGGAGAAACCAACGGAGUCACGCUCUCAUCUCUACUUAAAUACCGAGAAUACCGCAUCCGAGUGCUGGCGUUCACCAGAGCCGGGCCGGGAGAACCUUCGGGGUGGAUCCACACGCAGACGCUCGCUGGAAGUACGUGUGUACAUGCGUGCCAAUCCACCCAAAACUCAAGCUGGGCUUUUUCUCACUUGAUCUGUUUUGUCUCAGAUCCCGAUGCUCCACCUGGUCCCGUCUCAGUGGUUCCGUCUGCCACCGGGUUAAAGGUGGAGUGGGAGGAGCCCUCAGUCAUCUCAGGGCCCACAUCAUACCUUAUCGACAUCGUUGCUCUGGAUGGUUCUGGAGCUAACGUUAGUUUGGUACGAUAUUCAGAGGAGAUCCGGGCGGUGGUUGUGGGAGACCUGACGGCAUUUACUUUGUACUCUGUGACUGUCACCGCCUUCACGGGGAGUGUUUUCAGCGCACGCGGGGAUGGCAAAGCAUCUGAGCCCGUCCUCAUCAGAACCCUGGAGGACGAGCCCAAAGAUCCACCUAAAAAUGUGACCUUGACUGUAAAUCCGGAGGAGGUGACACGCGUCUACCUGACGUUCUCUCCGCCCGAUGAGCCCAACGGAAACAUCAGCGCGUACCACGCUGCCGUCUACCGCAACGGACAGCUAGUUUUCAGCAUCAACAGCCUGCCGUUGGUCAGCAACCCUAACAACACCAUGACGGCUGUCGUUGAAGGACUGAAGGGUGGAUUCAAUUACAGCAUACGGAUAGCGGCAGUGAAUGGAGCAGGUUUAGGACCAAGUUCCGAAGUUCAGGUCACCACUGGUGUAAAAGCUCCGCCCAAGCCGACGAGGAGGCCACGGGUCGCUGUGAACAACGCAGGUCUUGUCAUCACAACCUCCAACACCAUCACCAUUGAGAUGCCCGAAUGCUUCUUCACCGAUGACCACGGACCCAUCCAGAGAGUCCAGGUCAUUGUUUCUGAGCCGGCAGUGAUGGACUACGGCAAUCUGUCCAACUGGAAGAGUGUCUUCCUCCAGCCCACCGCGCCGUACCUGACCGAUGAGGGAUUCGUGAAUCCGGCAUGCUCUGAUAGAUCCAAACGCACGACCGCACAUGCAAACACAUACGUGAUGGGAGCGGACGAGGGCUGUUUGUCUGAAGAUGCUCGUAUGCUGUGUAACGGACCUCUUAAACCCAAAACAUAUUAUGUAUUCAAAUUCCGGGCGACAAAUAUCCGUGGGCAGUACACCGAUUCUGAAUAUUCAGAAAGGGUCAGAACUGCAGAUGACCGGCUGCUGACUCGUGAUGAGCAGAUCAUUCUGGGAGUUGUGCUCUCUGUGUUUUUGGUUUUGUUUCUGAUUGUGAUUAUAUACUGCUCUGUGAGAAUCCACCGGAGGCAGAAGGAAGGCGGGACGUACUCUCCACGUGAGGCUGAGAUCUUCGAGACCAAGUUCAAGCUGGAUCAGCUCAUCUCUGUGGCCGACAUGGAGUUUAAAGACGAGAAGAUUAACCGGUACUCCUCUUUCUUCUUUAGAAGAAAGGAUAUUUUUGUCAUCCAGCUGCUGAGUUACAGGAAAUCUCUCAAGCCAAUCAGUAAGAAAUCAUUUCUUCAGCAUGUGGAGAAUCUUUGUGCCAAUGACAACGCCAAGUUUCAGGAGGAGUUUGCUGAAUUGCCAAAGUUUCUUCAGGAUUUGGCCACAUCAGAUGCUGACCUGCCCUGGAAUCGCUCCAAAAAUCGCUUCACUAACAUAAAGCCCUACAACAAUAACAGAGUGAAGUUACUGUCUGAACCGGGAAUGCCGGGAUCUGACUUCAUCAAUGCCAGUUUUGUGUCUGGUUAUCUGUGUCCCAAUGAGUUCAUAGCCACGCAGGGUCCUCUGCCCAGUACAGUCGCAGACUUCUGGAGGAUGAUUUGGGAGACGGGGACCAAAACCAUCGUCAUGCUCACACAGUGCUUCGAGAAGGGCCGGAUUCGCUGUCAUCAGUAUUGGCCGGAGGACAAUAAACCCGUCACUGUGUUUGCUGACAUCGUAAUCACUAAACUCACAGAGGACGUGCGACCUGAUUGGACGGUUCGAUCGCUGAGAGUGGAGAGGCAUGGUCACUACAUGAUUGUUCAUCACUUCAACUACACAUCAUGGCCCGAACACGGCGUUCCGCAGUCCAGCUCCACUCUGAUCCAGUUUGUCAAAGCGGUCCGUUCCAGCAGAAACCAUGACAACACAACCAUAGUCGUGCACUGCAGCGCUGGUGUGGGCAGGACGGGUGUGUUUAUAGCUCUGGAUCACCUCGUUCAGCACGUGAGGGAUCAUGACUUUGUGGAUAUUUACGGUCUGGUUGCGGAGCUGCGCAGUGAGAGAAUGUGCAUGGUGCAAAACCUGGCUCAGUAUAUGUUUCUGCAUCAAAGCACGAUGGACCUGCUGACGGCUAAAGGAAACAGUCAGUCCAUCUGGUUUGUCAACUACUCCGCACUGGAGAAGAUGGAUUCGUUGGAUGCCAUGGAAGGUGAUGUGGAGCUGGAGUGGGAGGAGACAACAAUGUAACGUAAGGAAGCUUGUUUCCUGUCAGCUGUUCAUCUUCGUCUGAUGGUUGUGAGGAGAACCUCAUGAAAGCCCCACGGACGCUGGGACUCGAGACCUCGGGGCCAAACAAAGAACAUAAGAGGAGUGUAACGCUCUAAUUCAGUAACAGACACACAUUUCCUUCCCUAAUCUGAUCUCUUCUUUAUAUCUAGCAGACGGUCUCAUCCAUCAAAGGUUUUUCAAAGUUCUUCCAUCAUCUGUAAUUCUUUUAUUUCUACCUACGAUACGUGAUGAUAACCUCCUACGUAUGGACUCAAAGCGGAACAGACACCAAUGCAUUUGCUUUUAAAGACUGUGAGAGUUUAGAGCUGUACAUGUAAAGAGCUGUAUGUUUUAUGGUGUUUAGAAUGAAAUCUAAGGAAACCGUAAGGAAUUUUGUCCCGAUUUGUGAAUCAAACCAUUUCUAUGAAGAACGAAUGGUCGGGAAACAAUUAUAAUGGUUUUAUUUUUGUUCUCAUUGUUUGUUGUGAAAUGAUAAGAUCAUUUCAUGUUUUUUUUCAAUUGUCAUUCACACUUCAAGUUGUGAGCGUGAGAACUGUUCACAUAUUGUGUGAUGUUGUGUUCACAGCGAGAAAACGGCACUAAUUCUUUGUACAUGUUUCUUUGUCUUUUUCACACGUAAGAUCUUUUUUUCCUGUGAGGUUUGAAAAACACUGUAGAAAUCCAUCAGGAGUAAUGCCCUGUCAUUUAUAUUUGACCACUGGAUGAUGAGAGACUUUGAAAUAAACAUCUUUUGUGAAGUUUUGCUCGGGCAGACUAAGGUACCGAUUAUCCAUGUGAAGGAAUUUGUAAAUAAUUACUUGAUCAAUCUUUUAGUUGUCUUUUCUUGCUUUAUUCGCUGCGAGGUAUUAACAUUUGUGGUCUCACAAACUUAGUCAAAUGACUUUGCUUUAUCAUUCAUUAUCAAGCCAAACUGUGUCAGGAGAUGAAAUACGUUUUGUUUGUGUGUAUAUUUGAAAGUAUUUUUGUUUUGAAAUAUAUUGCUUUUCUUCCAAAGACUGUUGCAGAUGUUUUUCGAGUACAGUAUCGUUUUUCAUUACAGUACAACAGCGAAUGUGUUACAAGAUGGCACAAAUAACUAUUUAAUAAUGUAAUAAUAUAAAUUAACUUAGUAAUGCAGAUAGUUAGCCAAACUUUAAACUGCCAACAGCCCUUUAACAACAUACAACAUAGGUAAUUGCACAUUCAUUUUAUAUAAUGGAAUUAAACUGAUGUGGGGCGGUUGUUGUAAACAUAGAAAAUCGUUUAACUUUGGAUGAGAAAGUAGGUUUGGUUAAUUAUUUUGUUUAUUAACUUAAUAUUAUGUUUCACGGUGACGUUGUGUGUAAAAAGUUGAUAUUUAAUUUGUUUGAGUGGCAGUUUUCAGUUCCAGCUAAUGGUGGUGUAGUUCAUGUUUAUUCAUGUAAAUAAAUGCUAAUGUUUAUAA